UCUCACCAUGCAGCUCGUCCUCCUCCUCUGUCUUCUGUCCCACGUUGCCAGGGUUACAGCUGUGGCAGGUUGCCACAGUGACAGGGACAAGGACCACCGGCCCAGGAUGAACUGCACGGAGGCCGGGUUCAGCGGCGUCCCGGCGGGACUCGAACCCACGACCAAGGUUCUGUUGUUUCCUAGGAACCUGUUCUCCAGUUUGUCCUGGUCCUCCUUCAAGAUUUUCCCGGACAUCUAUGAGAUCGACCUCACAGGCAACCAGGUUCCAGAGGUGACUCCCAGCGCUGCUCCCAUCCUGCCCACCCUCAGUGUUCUCCGACUGGGGAGGAACCGCCUCAGGUCCAUUCCUGACGGCUCCUUCUCCGCCUGUCCUGCUCUGACCGAACUCUACCUGGACAACAACAACAUCACCACUCUCAGCGACCACUCCUUCUCUGGACUCAGUAUACUCGAGAUCCUGGAGCUGUCGUCCAAUCAUAUCAAAGUGCUUCCCGAGCUCCUGCUCCACCCUGUUCCGGCCAUAGAGACCCUGUCCCUGGAGAUCAACCAGAUCAAAGUGAUGCCGGACAAUUGGUUCAGCACGAAGGAGGAUGUGCCGUACCUCUAUCUCUCAGCCAAUCCCUGGGUCUGCUCCUGUAGCAUUGGUUACUUGCACGGAUACAUUGAUGAUUAUGCCAACGUCUACGUCCGCGAUGGUCCAGUCGUCACGUUGAGACUUGAAAGUGUUAUAUGUGAUUCUCCCCAGAGGCUCAAAGGUCAACCACUGAUGAGUCUCACUGAGUCUGAUUGGUGUCCGACGGAUGCUGCUUCCUCGACUGUCACCAGCGUUUCCUCUUUUCCUGCUACUACUAUCACUGCUGCUGCUACUGUCGCAUCCACUGUGGCCACGUUACAACCCCACACAGAGCACUACAGAGUAUCCACAAGGUCCUGGUACCAAACUUUCACCCGUUCUUUUGAGUGGUCGAGUAUUUCGCAGACAGGUCCUGAAGUAAGGAAUUUAUCUUUUGGGUCACAUCUUCCUUCUGAAAGUCCUGUGAGCACGUCAACGGCUGCGUCCAUGAGGGCUCGGACAACUGAAUCCGUUCCUUCAACUGUUACAUCGACAACUCCGGAACUGAAGCUUAUCACGGCCACCGCCCCCACUGAGGCAGCAAACACCCCAGGCUCCACAUGGGUAUCUGACAGAGCUGCAGGUGGUGAACGUGGUGGUAGAGUCGGUGCCGUCGGAGCAGGAGUGUUCUGCUUCUGGCUCUUUGCAGUGUGCGUGCUGCUGUGCGUUGUGUCGGCGGCGUGCAUAUUGGCAACUCUGGCGAGGUUGGUGGACUGGUACAGGAAGGUGUACAAGCCUCUGAAUGUGGCUCUGGCAAGACGGGGGGGAGGUGGUGCGGGAUGUUUUGAUAAUGAGCAUCUUGUCAGGAAGUAA